AUGGGCUUCUGGACCAUUUGCCCUUCCUUCUCCACCAUCAUCUUCCUCCUCUUCAUCUUUGCGGUGUCCCUAAUCUUCCACUGCCACCAGCGCCUGGCCCUGGUGCCCGCCCCCUGGGCCUCCCGGGGCCUCGUGGUCCCGGCCCCCCGGCACCUCCCCCAGGGGGGCAUGUUCACCAUCAACGCCAUCGGCCGCCUGGGCAACCAGAUGGGCGAGUACGCCACGCUGUACGCGCUGGCCAGGCUGAACGGGCGGCCGGCCUUCAUCCCCGCCGAGAUGCACAGCACGCUGGCGCCGCUCUUCCGCAUCUCCCUCCCGGUGCUGCCGGCCGCCGCGGCCCGCGGGCUCCCGUGGCUCAACUACCCGCUCCACGACUGGAUGGAGGAGCGGUACCGCCACAUCCCCGGCGAGUACGUGCGCCUCACGGGCUACCCCUGCUCCUGGACCUUCUACCACCACCUGCGCCCCGACAUCCUGCGCGAGUUCGCGCUGCACGACCACGUGCGCGAGGGGGCGCAGGCGUACCUGCGCGGUCUGCGCGUGCGCGGGCGCCGCCCCGCCACGUACGUGGGCGUGCACGUGCGCCGCGGGGACUACGUGCGCGUCAUGCCGGAAGUGUGGAAGGGCGUGGUGGCCGACCGCGCCUACCUGCAGGUGGCGCUGGACCGCUUCCGGGCCCGGCGCGAAGCCCCCGUGUUCGUGGUCACCAGCGAUGACAUGGCCUGGUGCCGCGAGAACAUGGACGCGUCCCGCGGGGACGUGGUGUUCGCGGGCACCGGGCGCCAGGGCUCGCCGGCCAAGGACUUCGCGCUGCUCACGCAGUGCAACCACACCGUGUUCACCGUGGGCACCUUCGGCGUCUGGGCGGCCUACCUGGCCGGCGGGGCCGCCGUCUACCUGGCCAACUACACGCCGCCCCACUCCCGCUUCCACACGGUCUUCAGGCCACAGGCGGCCUUCCUGCCCGAGUGGGUGGGCAUCGCCGCCGACCUUGGCCCGGCCAGAGAGAACGGCCCCUAG